CAAUUAAAACUCUUGAAUUAUUACUAUCAGAUUAGUUUUUUGAGAUUUUAAGUUCAUUUUGUUGAUGAUUCACAAAGAAAUAAAUUAAUAAUAAACAUAUAUAUAUUAAGAUUACGUGUAGUCUAGUAACAGUAUAUAAUUAUCCCUUUUGUUGAAAGAUCAGUAAGAUUAUUAGUCGGAUAAAUAUUAAGAGAGAAGAGAAGAGAGACGAUGAGUUGCAGCAGUGAAUUACACAGAGUGUUCGUGUAUGGAAGCCUUCUAGAAGAGGACAUCGUUAGAGUCCUUUUGAAACGCGUCCCAAGAUCCUCCCCUGCCGUCCUCCACGGCUUUCAUAGGUUUAGCAUUAAAGGCCGUGUUUAUCCUGCCAUUCUACCUGUCUCUAACAAUAGCAGCCAUGUCGCCGGCAAGGUUCUGUUUGGCAUCAGUGAUCCUGAGCUACGGAUUUUAGAUAUAUUCGAGGAUGUCGAAUAUCAAAGGACAACUGUUGACGUUUCCUUGAUGGAUGGGGGAAGAAGCUCCUCUCAGAUAUUACAAGCACAUACUUAUGUUUGGGAAAACAAAACUGAUCCCGACUUGUUUGGAGAGUGGGAUUUUGAGGAAUGGAAAAAAGCACACAUGAAUGAUUUUCUGAAGAUGAGUAUUGGGUUUAUGGAAGAGUUGGAGCUGCCUGAAUCAAAGCCUAGAGUUGCCACUUACCAAGCCUUCUUUCACCAGAAUGAGGAUCUCAACAAUUCCCUCCACCCUUAGAUGCUCUCCCUCAUUCUCUCCAUUUGGAUACUCUAAUGCUUCUUUUCCAUUGCAUUAUUACUUUAAAUAAAUAAUACUCUGAUAUUUAUUUGUGCUGA